UACUGCGUUGUUCUUGCCUCCUUGGUGCACUUUUCCUGGAUUUCAGCUUUCCUUUGGAUGGCGACAUUGUCUGUAAACGCUGCCAAAACCUUUGGUGGGAGAAAUCUUCGUCCACGGGCUUUAGGCCGACAUCACAGCUGCUACCGUCUGCUGACUAUCAUGACAGUCGUCUGGGGUAGUGCUUUCGUUAUCGUGGCAGUUUGUCUGGUGUUGAAUUUCUGCAACUGCACCCACCUUCCAGUGAUAUACAGCAAGACCUCACCCUGUGCGUUCACUGGUCCUGGCGUUCGUCUACUUGCCUUUGGCGUUCCUGUUGCAGCUUCGCUGUUGGUAAGCACGGGCAGUUUCCUCUUCGUCAUCUUAAGCGUCAGAAAGUCCAAGAAAGACAGCAAGAUGGUUCGGGCUCGGGAAUCUAUGAAGGAAUUGCAGGACCAGGUGAAAAUCUACGGCAAGCUUGCGAUACUGUUUGGGAUAACAUGGAUUCUGUCCUUCACGGUAGGAAUAGUGGGUCACGUGGCCUUGAAAUACAUCGACGCCAUUGUCAACCCGCUGCAGGGUGUGUUUAUCUUUGCGGCUUUCUGCUUGAACCAACGCGUGAGGGCAAUGUGGAGGGGUUGGCUUGGCAAAAGGACGAAACAGGAAGGCAGGCAAUUCCCUGUCCCAAAAGGAUCAACAACGAAUUUGUCUACAAUCAGUUCUUCAGCUGGAAAUACAAAACUCUGAACUAACUGAAAUUAAUAAAUUGUGUUUCACUCGGUAAUUUUUAUCGACAUAUGAGAGCAUAUAAAAAUGUAGCGCUGCGAAAGUCCUGCAUUAAUAGACAUUUUUGGUCUUCUUGCGCGUAAUGUAAAACAUCUUUCUGCUUGCUGUACUUAUCUGUUUGAUUUAUUGAGGUUCAGAUCAAGACAGAUAAUAAGUACUGCAAUUUCAAAGCUAAAUGUUGUUUGGGUUGACAGGGUGUUGCUAUUUUCGAGGCCCUUCAAAGCUCACAUUUAAGUGAAAGAAACGACUUGCGGCUUUCACUUUUUUGCCGGUCAAUUUAAACAAUUUAAACACCAAACAACUCGUUAACAAAUUAUCUUUCCUGUAAUGUAGAAUUUAUAUGAUUGGAUAAGGAUUACUAUCUAAUUAGUCCUAAUAGCAGUGCGUGCUAUAACCUCAAUGAUGUGUGCGAGUGGAGGGAUACACCCAUACUCGGGCGCGGCUGAAAAGUUAAAUUAAGCAGUCCAUACCCAUAAAUAUUUAAACAUUUCCAUAUGAUUCAUAUGUAGCAUCUAUGACAAUCAUU